CCAAAGGCAGUGACAGCGACAAGAACGCACAAGAACGAACGAUAAAUAAUCCAAGAAAAUUAAGAGUAAUUUGAAUUUCACUUGAAAUAAAUUCAAAACUUUAAAAGAAAUUACAAAAAAAAAUGGGCUCAAAUCAUUCAGCGGAGAAGGUAAAGUCCGGCGAGGACACCACAACUCCUGCCCCACCUGGCAUUUGCUGUCCUUUACCCAGCUUUCUGGCCAAAAUCCAGCGGAUGCUUCUCCGCAAGCUGAACAUCUCGGCCAGGAAACAGAAGCGCCUGAGACGACUCAACCAUUCGCAGUCCCGCCAUCUUCUAAGGCCCAUGCCUCGCUGCUCCUCCUUUGGCUCCUGCGGCAACCUGCUGACCCCCAGCAUUACCAAGAGAUCGGGAGCUGACAAGCAGUAUGCCCAGUGGAAGUGUAGCUUCGAGCAUUUGGCUGCCAAACAGCAGGCGGGCAAGCAACGGUUACAUGAUAUCAGCGAGGCCUUUGCUGGCCAGACCACGCCCAGGGGAUUCCCCUCGCACACGGACACCAAGCGAUGCGGGCAGCCCACGCUGACGGUGGAGGAUCAACUGGCUCUGCCAGGCAUGAAGGUACGCCGCCGCCUGAGCUUGAGGAGCAGCAGCAGCAACAGUCACACCCUCGGGCGGCGUCCCUCCGCCCGCCAGAAGGCGGCCCAAGCUCGAAUGGAGGCACAGUUCCAGCGGGAUUUGUGCGAUUUGGAGGAGUACUACGGUGGCUUUCACUUUGCCCAGCACAGCGAGCGAUUAGCUAGGUUUUAAUUAUUAUUAUAAAUAUUUUUUAAGAUUUGUUUUAAUUUUUUUCAAAGAUUUUAAAGAAUUUGUUUAAAGAUUUGUUUAGGAUUUUUAACAAUAAGAUUUAGGCAAGCCAACAUUGUGAUAGUUUGUAAUCCACUCAAGACCUGA